AUGGGUGACGUUCAACAGUGCACAGGCGACGCCCUACAGCGCACGGUUGUUUUCACAGAUGGUAGUUCGCUCAAGCAAGGCAAAAAGACUGCCGCUGGUGCUGGCAUCUUCUUCGGCGCAAAUGAUCCAAGUUUCGUCGAUGGGAACCAGACCAAUCAACGCGCGGAGCUGACUGCCGUCCGGGACGCGUUAUCAAGAGUCAAAUGGACCGAAAAUGUCAUCACCUUCUCCGACUCGCGGUACGCCAUGAAUUCAGUAACGAUCUGGUACAAGCGAAAUGUGAUUAAAAGUUGGAAGAGUGUUCAGCCAAUCUCCUUUCCUAACUGGGAUCUUAUCGAAGACACCGUUAAGAUUCUGAAUGAGCGCAGGAUGAAAGGUGGGAUCACAGAAUUCUACUGGGUCAAAGGUCACUCGGGCAAUGCAGGCAAUGAAGCAGCCGACAAACUGGCUGGAAAUGGUGCACGUUAUGCGCUGCCUACACCUGACAGGAACCGCUACGGCAAACCCUACGGCGAGGAACGACGAAGUCUUUCGGCCCUCUGGAACCCCGCUCCACCCGGGUGGAGGGUGAUCAAACUCGCGAACGGGGACGAGGAACUCGUGCGCAUCAACAAGCAGGAGCUGAUGCGAAAGAAGAAACAAGAGAAGAAACGAGUGGAGAAAGCACAAGCUGCUCGAGGCAAUUACAAGCGAACCAAAAACAACUCGAAUGCGAACAAGGCGCCGCGGCCGAAGAAUGCGGCGGAGAGGAUAGCAGCCAGGAAAGCCAUGGAAGACGCCAUCGAAGAGGACCCCAUGGCGUACCCUCCGCCGAGUGAGGCGUAUAGAUCAGGUAUGCUACAGGCAUCGGAUGGUGGGCGGAUCCCACCGGUGGUAGACAUGAUCCGGUUUGGAGAGAAUGAAUUCACUCCAAAGGAGAUCGUAGUGACACAUCAUGAGAUAGGGGAGACGGAGGACGCUGAGGACGUUGAGGAUGCGGAGGACGCGGAGGACAUGAGGGACAUGGAGGAUAUGGAGGACGAGGAGAUGGAAGAAGUGGAAGAGAUGGAGGAGACGGAGGACAUGGAUGUGACGGAGUGA